AUGGAUGAGGCCGGCGUAGAGGUCCCCAGUCUUCAGCCGCCUCAGAGCUAUGAACUAUCCCUGCCCUGCUGCGGAGACGGACGGUCAUCAUCGAGCACCAAGGCCCCCCAAGUCAAUGGGGUCAGAGUUCAGCUGGAAAUGCAGGCACUUUGGCAGCAGUUUGACCAGCUGGGCACAGAGAUGAUUGUUACCAAAGCUGGAAGGAGGAUGUUUCCAACAUUUCAGGUGCGAAUCUCUGGGAUGGAUCCCUCUGCUGAAUAUGUGCUGCUCAUGGACUUCAUCCCUGUUGACGACAAAAGAUACAGAUAUGCGUUCCACAGCUCGUCCUGGCUGGUGGCAGGGCGGGCGGACGUAGCAGCUCCGAGCAGGAUGCAUUUCCACCCGGACUCACCCGCCCGUGGAGCCCAGUGGAUGAAGCAGACCGUAUCCUUCGACACACUCAAGCUCACCAACAACCUGCUGGAUGACAACGGACAUAUGAUACUGAACUCCAUGCAUCGCUAUCAGCCGCGCUUCCACGUGGUGUAUGCGGAUCCAGCGCCUAACAGCGACUUAAAUGCGUACAGGAACUUCUGUUCCUUCUCCUUCGCAGAGACACGGUUCAUGGCCGUCACUGCUUAUCAGAACCACAGGAUCACUCAACUAAAAAUUGCAAGCAACCCAUUUGCUAAAGGCUUCAGGACGACAGACCCCCAGACCUGGUGAGUGGUGGGUAAUGCCAAUGCCUGGUGCUGUCCACCAGAGGGCAGACCUGAGCCCCUCACCUGCAAACCCGGAGAGCAGAAAAACUCAAAGACUUCAGCCAGACAGGGCGGUCCAGCCCCACCACGGGUGGAGCAACGUGAACUGUUCCACCACGGUAAAGACUCUGUAGGAGCCGCCAUGGAGAGAAAAGAUGGGGACAGCUUUUUGUCAGCACCGGCCUCCUUCCUCCAUGUCCCCUCCUACUGGGACUGUGCAGGAUCAUCUUAG